AGAAGCCAUCAUGGUGGUGUGCUGUAUGAGUUCUGUUGUUGUUUCAGCUAUACAUAUAGAAAUUGACUGUGUUGUUACAAGGUUCUAAUAUCGCGAGUUGUGAUUUUGUGUUUGAUUAAUAGAGUAUUUUUAAACGGUUGUCUGAUAUAGCAGGCGCACCAUGUCGGCCGGCCCACUGUCGGAGGCGGAAGUGAAGCUGCUCAACGAGGUGGUGAGGCUGUGCAAGCAGGACCCGGCCCUGUUGCACCAUCCGGGCCUCGGCCCCUUCCGCAGCUACGUGGAGUCUCUGGGGGGCUCCAUCCCGGCCGCCCGCGGCCCAGCGGCGAGCCCCGGUUCGCCCCGGCCGUCUGCCCCGGCCGCCGCCGCCUCGGAGGAGAGCGAGGAGAGCGACAUAGAGCUGGACAACUCCGGGGUGAUAGAGCCGGAUGAUGAGAAACCCCAACCGAUGGGUGAUGCUGACAAGGAAGUUAGUGAGGAAGACAUAGAAAAAUCUAAUGAGAAAAAGAGGGAAGCAAUUUCUGCCUUUGCAGAGGGUGACUACCAGAAGGCCAUUCAAAUGUACACAGAGGCGAUUCUGCUGAAUCCUCAGUCGGCGCUGCUGUACGCGAAGCGCGGCCAGUGCUACCUGCAGCUGGGGAAGCCCAACGCGUGCAUCCGGGACUGCAGCCGCGCCCUGGACAUCAACCCCGACAGCGCGGCGGCCCACAAGUUCCGGGGGCGCGCCCAGCGCCUGCUCGGCCGCUGGGAGGAGGCCGCGCGCGACCUGCGCGACGCCUGCAAGAUUGACUUUGACGAGCAGGCCGACGAGUGGCUGCGGGAGGUCACGCCUAACGCCCGCAAGUUGGAAGAGCACCGGCGCAAGUACGAGCGCAAGCAUGCGGAGAGGGAGUUGCGGGAGAAGCUGGAGCGGGCGCGCCGUGCCAAGGAGGAGCACGCCCGCGCGGCAAGCCAGAGCCAGGAUCAGCCGUCCGGGGGGGCAACCGGGGACACGGGUGACUUCUACAAGAAGAUGAUGAAUGACCCGGAGAUAAUGCAGGCGUUCAUGGAUCCAGAAGUGUCGGCAGCCUUCCAAGAUGUGCUCACUAACCCUGGCAACCUGGCCAAGUAUCAGAGCAACCCGAAGAUCAAGGCUGUGAUCAACAAGCUGAUGUCGAAGUUUGGCGGGUCGAUGCCGGCCGGAGGGUUCCCCGGCAUGGGUGGCGGGUUCCCGGGCAUGCCUGGGGGCUUCCCGGGUGCCUUCCCGCCCCCGCCGCCCACCGGUGGUGCAGGGGCCGCCCCUCGCGAGGAUGACGUGGGCCUCGACUGAUCUGCGCCAACGAAGAGAUGUCUGCUGGUGGCUGUUGCCCCAAGCACCUUGUUAAACUUGGUUAUUUUUUACAUAGAUUGUAACUCUAGCUAGCAAUGUUUCGUCAAAGGGUUACGUUGGUAAAUUCAUAAUUUGAUUACCGCAAUCGAAAGACUGAUGGGGAUACCAGUCGAGGCCAGUUGUUUGAUAUUUAAUGUGCAAUUUUGUCUUAUUAGUUUGUUGCACACACAUGUAGAUGAAACUUCAAAUUGCUCUUUGCCUUUUAGAUCUGUUCUGCAUCUGUAGUGCUAUUGCAUUGGAACACAUCAUAACCAAGGCUGCUUUCAAAAUGCAGUCUUUGUUUUUUCACAGAUAACGCAACAUUGGUUUGUAAUUUAAGUUGGUGAUGUACUCAAUCAAAAUGUGUUCAUUAUACUGGUUACUAAUAAAGAUUGAAAUGUAAAAUUA